AAACGAGCAAGAUGGGCCGAAUGGCUUCCUCUCGUUUGUAAACUUUCUUAUGUUCUUAUGUUAAAAAAUGUAUCACUUACAAGGUAAUCGAAGCUGCAGUCACUAUUUAAUUGAUAUAUGAAAUGGUAGCCGUAUUAGUCCAAAGAUGAUAGACAAAGUGAAGGACAUGUGAUACCUUUUAUUGGACUUGCUAAAUAAUAAUUAAUCACAAGCUUUCGAGAUGUUUACAAACAGCAGAUGUGUAAAUACACAGAUAUUGUUAUCACAUGCUAAAUAACUUUAACUAACAUGAAUUCUGUAUUCAUACCACUUGACUAUCAGGAGGAUAAGCGCCUGCCCUGAAUUACUGCUCCUCACGAAUGAAUAAAAUACCUCCACUGAGUAAAUCAGUCUGAGCUGAACUGCAGUACCCGUAUUCAUUUCAAGUUUUAACGAAAUUAUACCAGCACCGCAACAAUAAACAAACAACAGUAUAACGAGAUCAUCUAUACAGUAACACAUCUGAUGACAACCACUUUUUCGUGGGGAAACAAAUGUUUUUUACAACACAUUGCUGUUGUUUUUUUUUUGUGUGUGUGUGUGUGUGUUUGCGGGUGUUUCAACGUCACUUCCUACCCAAAAUGCGUGCCUCUCGCUGUGUUGGUUGCUGUGGCAACAGAGCUACAACCUUCCACUACUAGACACCGAACAUGUUUUUGUAUCCUCUGCCACUCUAAUAUAACAUAUUCGGAUAUUGUUUCUUACACCGUUUUAAUAUUAGUCAGAUUAAUAAUUCAACAACACGUAUGUAGCGAUAAAUCACUCGCAACUGUGGUAUAGAGCGGGUUGCCUUUGUUGAUGAGUGUGGGUACCUGAGUGCGAUUAAUGACCAUCUUCGCUUUGACUGGAGGUAAGUUUGUUGUUGUGUUAAAUUGUAAAAACUGUAAAGUUGAGUUUUGACUGUUGAAGAGUAUAUCCUACAGUUGUCAGUGAAAUUGGUUUAUAGUAGUAUGUGUUUUUCGGUUCUUCACAUUAAAAAAGAAAACAGAUGUUCACAAUAACAUAAUUAAAGGGCUAGGAUAGGACAGGGUUGCUGGCAUAUCUUUACACAACCAAUGCAUUGUCUGUUGUGUAAUUUAAAACGUGUAUUAUGUUGUUUCCAUAAAGUGUAUCAUUGACAUACAUUAGGUAAAAAAAAAAAAGGUUAAAAUCUAUAACUAUUCAUGUGUAUUUUUGCAGAAUUGAACAAAACAAUGCACAUACUGCUAAACUGUAGUUUUUUAUGUUUAGUUUAUGAGAGUGUUCAAGAUUUAUUUAGUAAAAGUGAUCAAACAUGUCAUUUUUAUUCUGCUUUUUCAUUAGUGAGUUUUAUUAAAUCCCAGUUUCAAAAUAUGAUGGAUUUCCAGAACAAAAGAGACGUGAACCUUGAAGUCGAUGCAAAAACUGAGAAAGAUGAAGAGAUCGAAGUGAAUGAGUUCGAUAGAAAAUGUGUUGAUGCACUUUUAGAUUUCAGCGAAGAACUGAAUAGGAGGGAUGAAGAUCCUUUUGAAUGUUACGUUCACUCAGGCUGGGGAGAUGUAACUCAAGGUUGGGGUUUGUCCUCUCCAUUUGCCUGUUUCCAAAUUCAGAAAAAGAGCAGAAAAUCCAAGCAGGCAGACACAGAGUACCACUGCUUGCUUUGCUUAGAUGCUGUACAACAACUGUCAGAACAAAAUUCUUCUAAAGGAGCAAAUGCAGCUUUUGAAUCUUCCAAACCGGCCUGCUGUUCAGCUGACAGUGCUCCAACUGAAAGCCUCCUUGCGCCUGUAAUUUACCGAAGGAGAUCAUUUGCCGCUUCUACUCCAAUUAGAAGCAAUUCCAAUUUAAACACAAAUUCUAUAAACCAGUUACUGUCUAAACAAGCAAAAGAACAAUCUCAAUUGUGCAAAGGAAAAUCAGAAGACGCUGAAGCGAGUGCACCUGAAGAAACUGCAAACAAGUUAAAUGACAAUCUUAUACGAUGCAAGUCAGCCAAGGAGACGGGCCGUUCGGAAGCUCUAGUUAUCAACAGUUUUGCUGUCUUACCACCUGUGAAACCAGCUGGUCCCAGUUAUCAAAGGCGGCUAUCUUCAGCAAAUAAAAGUGAGAUUAUAGACUCUGCUAGCACUGCAAACAAUAGGACAGCUAGUAGCAGAUCAGAUAAAACACCCAAGGCAGAGGCGAGAAAAGCUGACACACCCGGUAUACAAAAGGACCUGAAUCAGCCCCAGAGCAGAGAGAUUACAGUUGCCUCUCUUGUGCCGAGGUCCCCUGCUCAGUCUGAACCUGGGCUUUGGCACACUCAAUCCCCCUACAUUCCAAGCAAACACAUUCUGACUGCUUACAGGAUUCAUACCUUAAAGAAAACUGAGGCCUCAUUCAGUACAACUGGGAUUCUGCAUGGGCGGGUUACACAGAGCAGUGGAAGGAAUCUUAGGCAAGAAGAUUUAAGUACAGUGACUUUUAAUAAGAAUGGCCAGAACCACAAACUUUUAUUCGGGCUGAAGCCCAAAAAUAUAAUCAGAGGAACCAAUCCACCAUCACAACAGGCAUUGCCAGUACUAUCAGGAACUAGAGUUCCGAUACCUGUAUCAUCUCAUCGACUGCUGUGAUCUUUAUUAUUGUGGCACUGGAACUAGGCUUUAACACCGUAUUUUGUGAUUAAGGGUUAACAUUGUUUUAAGAUAACUAUGCCCUUGAAAUAACUGGUAAUCCAGAUAAUUAGAUUUAUCUAAGAAACUAUAGUAUUGCUUUGUUAAAACUGCUUUCAAACUCCAACCACUCUUUAUAAACAAAGUAAAAUGUAAUAUUAGGGAUGUAAAUAUUGUUUAAUAAGAAAUCAGUUUAAACUAUUUGAUUUCUAUCGGUUAGCCGUAUAACCGUAGUUUCACCGUCACACUAAAUACCCUUUCAAUAAAUACCCUUUCCACAUAUAUUUAGUCUUUGUCAUGCAUUGACAUUUGUUUACCAAACAUAAAGAGGCAGCUUAGAGCACAAAACACCAUUUAAAAAAAUAAAAUACAUGUUACCAUCCCAUAAACUUAGCGUAGCAAUCAACCAUUCAUUUCUCAAGAUUAUUUAUUAUGAAUUCCUGCUAUGAAUCAAUUUUAAAAGCAAGUACGUAAAAGACCACCGAUAAACUACAACUUUAAAAUUGUGCCAACAACUAUUGAACUCAAACAUCUUAGUUUAAAAAAAUAAAUAAAAUAAAAAUAAUUAAACCACCGUGCUCCCCAAAGAUGAACGGAAAUGUCAUCUGUUAUAGAGCUGCGGUUAUCAAACUUCGCUGAACUGUUAACCCCUAGGUCUAGCAGUAAAAAUAACUAAGCAAUAUUUUUUACAGUCAACAGUAAAAAAUGAAUAAAUAAAUAAAUUAUAUUUUUUUAAAAAUUACAAAUGCUUCUAGGCUGCCAUGGUUUACGCAAUUGUACAAGGACAAGCCAGCCAGUCUUUAGAUAAUUAAAACAUGCCUUUUUUUAUUUUGCCAAGGUUGUACAAAUCAAAUCAAACACAAAAUAUAAUUCUAUUUAGUGUAUUUCUCUCUGUAAAACUAAUCCUAUUUGAAUGAUUAAGAGAUAGCGGUAUUUAGAUCCGCUACUGCUUAAAAUCAAUUGAAUAGAUCCAAAUGUUUUGAAGAAUAACAUUAUACUGGUAAACAAAGAAAACUGUUGCAUCGGU